AUGACAGCCUCAAAUGGCACCAAUGGUGCCUCGUCGAUCCCCCACCGCCCGCCACCUCCAGCGACUGCCAUGUCCGCAACCGAACUGAUUGGCAACACACCUCUCGUACGAUUGAACAAGAUCCCGCAGUCCCUGGGCAUCGAGUGCGAUGUCUACGCCAAGGUCGAGCUCUUCAACGCCGGCGGCUCCGUCAAGGACCGCAUCGCUCUUCGCAUGAUUGAGGAAGCCGAGCGCUCUGGAAGGAUAAAGCCCGGCGACACUUUGAUUGAGCCUACGAGCGGUAACACUGGUAUUGGUCUGGCACUCGUCGGCGCCAUCAAGGGAUACAAGACCAUCAUCACUCUUCCGGAGAAGAUGUCGGCUGAGAAAGUCAGCGUCCUGCGUGCUCUGGGCGCCACAAUCAUCAGAACCCCCACGCAGGCUGCUUGGGACGCGCCCGAGUCCCACAUUGGAGUCGCUCGACGCUUGGUUAAGGAGAUUCCCAAUGCUCACAUUCUCGACCAGUACUCAAACCAGGACAACCCCAUGGCACACGAAUUUGGCACGGCAGAGGAGAUCUGGCACCAGACUGGAGGCAAGUUGAACUGUGUAGUAGCUGGUGCAGGUACCGGUGGCACAAUCACCGGUCUGGCCAAGGGCAUUCGCAAGCACAGCAAGGAUGUCAAGAUUGUGGCAGCAGACCCUCAAGGUAGUAUCCUGGCAUUGCCAGAGGCCUUGAACGAUGAGCACAAGGACGAGCCAUACAAGGUGGAGGGUAUUGGAUACGACUUCAUUCCCGAUGUCUUGGACCGAGAGCUGGUCGACAAGUGGUACAAGACUGAUGACAGAGAGAGUUUCAAGCUUGCCCGCCGUCUGAUUGCCGAGGAAGGUCUGUUGGUUGGCGGUAGCUCUGGUAGUGCCAUGGCCGGCAUGGUGAAGGCUGUCAAGGAUCUGGGUCUUGGCAAGGGAGACGUCGUCGUUGUCAUUCUGCCAGAUAGCAUUCGAAGCUAUCUCAGCAAAUUUGCCGACGACGACUGGCUUGCAGCCAACGACCUGUUGCCAGAGGCAGAUGAGGCGGCCAAGCAGGCUGUUGCUAAUGGAAACCCGACCAAGAAGGACCACGACCCCUAUGCUGGCGCCACUGUUGGUUCGCUCAGACUCAAGCCAGUCACAUCUGUCGUUGCAACUCAACUUUGCUCCGAUGCGAUUGAGACUAUGCGGGAUAAGGGAUUCGAUCAAUUGCCCGUCUUGUCUGGACCCGGCGGCAAGCUUGUUGGACUUGUCACCUUGGGUAAUCUCCUCAGCUACAUCUCCCGUGGCCGAGCCACUGGUGACAGUCCGGUCAAGGAUGUCAUGUUUGACUUUGGUCGUCUAGAUGAAGUUGUCACCGAUCCCAGAGAGGGCCGGGGCAAGCAGCGCCGCAAGUUUGUCCAGAUCACCAAGGAUACACCUUUGACCGAGCUCAGCCAUUUCUUUGAAUGGAACAGCGCUGCCGUGGUCACUGAGUCUACUGCGGGCGGUGACAAGGCACUCAGCAAGCCUCUGGCCAUUGUAACAAAGGUUGACCUUCUCACGUGGAUGGUCAAGCAGAGCAAGCACUAG